AGAAAUAUAGCGACUAAGGGCUUUACACGCCUGUGUAUAUAGACGGGAUAUGAGCGUAGAGGUGUCUAUCCCCACUCCUUCCCUCUCCAUGCGGGACCUGGCCCCAGUUCAGUGUGAGUUCGACUCGUGUCAAGAAAGGACGGUCGUGACCGAUGAAAUACAGUAAAUGAAGAUUAGAGAGCAUCGUGUAUUUAUUUCUACCUGCACCCAACAAACAAUUCCAACAGGUUAUGGGCCCAGCACGCUUCCACUGCGCAAGUUAUAUAGUGAAUAUUAAGUGGACAAUUAAGUGAGAUAAGUCUUGGUGCAAAAACAAUAGAAAAGAGGAAUCAAGAAUAUGACGGACAACAAAGAAAGAAGUGAAAUUAGUUGUCUCGAGCAAGAUCAACAAAUUCGAGAUGAGGAAAUACUGGCGAACUUUGUCAAAAGGUACCGACAAAUUUUUUGUCUCGAUGCUAACCACGCUGGUGAAGGAGUUGCACUGAGUAUCAGUGGAGAGACAGUACUGUUUCAUGUGGAGAGGCAAAAAGAACCAUACCAAGCAGAUAAAAGCACAAUGGAUGAGGCAGAGUGGAGUGUUCUGAUCAGACGGAUGGAGCAACAUUCAGGAAAAAGUCCAUGGGUGGUUAUACCGGGAGCGAGACGCCAUCAAAAUGACACUGAAGACCUGACCGAAGACGAGGAGGAAAAACUACUCGAAGAGACAGGAGAAGAGCCCGAGGAUAGAGAUGCGUGUGAACGAGAUGAGAAGAGAGGAGAUCAGAAUACGAAAAAUGAUGAGAAGAGCAGAGAUGAGCAAAUUAGAGAUGAGAUGAGACACGAAAACGAGAUGAGACAGAGAAAAGCGAAACAAGUCGAUCAGUUUUCAGUGGGCAAAAACUUACCCUCCAUUAAAUCGAUACAACCGGUUAAUCUCGAGUAUUUAUUAGCGGGGAAAGUAGGAACAGAUAACAAUACUGAAGAAUCGAAAAAUGCAAACUCGAAAGCUCUCGACGCGGUAAGGCUCGAGGAAAUGAUGGCCUUAGUGAAAUCUUCUUGUCUGACUUCGACAGGUGCAUUGAAGCAGUUCCAAGGAGUACUGACUAAUGCGCAAGCUGCCGUUGCAAACAUGGAGAAGAUGCAAAAGGAAAUAAGUAAAGAGUUCGAGAGACAGAGAGAAGCGUUCGUCACACAGACGAAAAUUAUGGAAGAGAGGAACAACGAAACUAAAAGACAGCUAAAUGAGAUGAGAGAAGAGUAUGAAAAACUCCUUCAAUACAAUUAUGAGUGGGAGGAACAGAGAGAUGAGGAUACCGCACAAGAGAGAGUAGAUGAAAGUGAGCCUCGGGGAUCAGGAAUCGAUCUAAGCCAUAAAAUAUCAAAAAUUGUGAGAGAAGAAAUGGGAAAAGUAAGAGGUGAGAAAACACAAAAGGCUCAGAAUACUGACAAUCUGGCGAAUCAAGUAAAAGAGACACUUAAACUCGAGAUCAUUAAUAAAAAUCCAGGUAUGAAACGCGAUUACAAAUUAACCACAAACACAAAGUUUGAGCAUUUUCAUGACUAUUUCACGUCCGAACUGAGGACUCUUGAAUUACUACACAUAAUUGAACCUGAAAACACAGUAAAUGCAAAUGUAGAUCCAGGACUCAUUGAGAAACAAAAAUAUAGAGUACGAGACAUUUUGAUAAAUCACUUGGAUGAAAACUACCAUUCCAAAGUAAUGCUGAUACAAAAUCCUGUUGAAAUCCUCAAGAAAAUCAGAGAGAUUAAAAGAUGCGAGAGUAAUGUAACGUCUACUACCUUGAGAAAACAAUUAUAUAAUUUGAAACAUUAUUCCAAUAAAGGAAAAGCCUCAGAAUUUUGUGACAAGUUCGAGGAAGUUGUCAGAAAUUAUGACAACCUAUCAGAAGUUACGCCAUUGUCAGAAAUUGAAAAGAGAGAUGCAUUUUUCAAUGCAAUCAUGACGACCGUCCCUGAGGUUCAAUCAGUAGAAUUCAUGACCAAAAAUUCGACAGGCAGAGGUCUUACGUACGAGGAGCUAAAGCUUUUCCUACUACAGGCUGAAGCUAAUAAAAAUCAGUCUGGAACGGUAGAAAACAGAGCCGUCAUGCAUGCUCAAGGGCAAUCAAAGGAGAGGUGUUAUGAGUGCGAUGAUACUGGUCAUAAGGCUAUUAAUUGCCGAUUCAAGGGUACUGGACUCAAAAAGUGCUAUGAGUGCGGCCAGAUAACUCAACACAAAGCUGCUGAAUGCCCUAUGAAAAAAAUAAAGCAACCAGGACCUGGAAGAGGCAGAGGUACAAAUCGCGGGUUUAACCGAGGAACCCACAGAUACCAUAGUUACAGAAGUAAUACGAGGGGUGGCAAAAGCUACCAUGAUAAUGAGAGAUACGGAAACAAACGAAAGUAUCAUGAUGAACGGCUCGGAGGUGAGAAGAGACUCAAAACCAAUCGAGGAAGAGGUGUCUACAAGCAGGGAAACGCCAAUGAGAGAGGAAACAAAGGGUACGCGAACAAGGAGAAGGAAAGAGAUGAGAGGAAGAAUGAAAAAGGUGAGAUAAUCUUAACUAAAGCAUUAACAACGUCUGAAAGAAACGCCUUAUGCUACAAUGAUGAGAAUGUCUCCAAUCAAAGUAAGAUAUUCACAAAAUUUUUGGCAGAUUCGGGGGCAACUGAACACUUAACCAAAUCAAAAUUAAUCUUCAAAUCAUUUGAUAAAACGGACUAUGGUAAAAUUAAAUGCGCGAACAAAAAUCCAUCAGCGGACUUAGAAACGGAGGGAGUAGGGACAGUAGAAAUCGCGUUAAAUGAUGGGAGGACAGUCGAAAUUGAAGAAGUAAUAUACGCGAGGGCGUUAUCUGAAAAUCUUCUCUCUUUGAGAAAAUUUGUCGAGAUGGGACUCAGUGUCUAUCUAGAUAAUAAAAGAAUUGACAUUUUUGAUCCGGAGUCCAAUGAAUCGUUUGUAACUGGGGUUUAUAACAAACCAUAUUGGAUGAUUGAACUUGAGGUAAACAAGGUAAACAAUAGAGAUGAAGGGAACUAUAAUAACACAAGCAGGAAAAUUAUAGCAAACUUGACUGAAAAUGAAAGCGAUACCGAUCGAGCUAGAUAUAAAACGAGGAGUGUGACAGCUAGGGAAACAUAUGAAAAAAAUAAAAACGAGUCGUGCGAACGAACACGAGAUAGAAAUAAAACUAACGAAGUCAUUGAGCGAAAAGUUGAAAUAAAGGAAUCAGAGGCAGACGAAAAGAGAGAGGUAACAGAUCAAGAUUCAGAUAGCGCUACGACAGACAGAGACAAGGUUAGUAUAACAAAGGAAAAUCAGGAAAACGAAAUAGGAAAAGGGGAUGAGAUUAGCAUCACGACUGCUGAGAACGGAAAACCUGAAAACCACUCUGAGAACAAAAGGGAAACAAUGUAUGAAAAUUCGAACUUCGAUACAUCGAUUUGGGAUAGAAAAUUCCACGAUAUUGACGAAUUGCCCAUAAUUGAAUUGUCGGAAAAGGAAUCACCCUUUGAUAAAAAAUAUAAAUGUUUUGAAAACAACAACAAGGCAAUGCUCUGGCAUGUGAGACUGGGACAUGCGUCUCUUGCAUACUUGAAAGCUCUUCAAAAUAAAUUCUCAGAUAGAAAGGAGUGGGCGAAUAUAAACUUUGAUGAGUCAAUUCUUGAGUGUGAGGUAUGCAAAAUCGCGAAGUUUAACAAAAUACCGUUUAAUUCGGUACGUAGACGAGCAACUGAACCUUUACAAAUUAUACACUCUGAUAUCAUGGGACCGAUCAGUCCAGCAUCCUUUCCAAAGGGUUAUAAAUACAUUGUUGUAUUUAUAGACGAUUAUUCGAGGUUAGCGAUGGCUUAUUCGAUAAAAGCAAAAAGUGAGACAGGAGCUUGUUUUGAAGCAUUUGUUAGGAGCGCUCGAAAUCUGUUAGGUAGAGAUGCGAAAAUAUGUUAUCUACGCACAGACCAAGGGACUGAAUUCACAGGGGGUUACACAAUUGAGGUUCUAAAGAGGCUAGGGGCAGAGCAGCAACUUGCGAGCCCGGAUACCCCCGAACAUAAUGGUGUGGCCGAGAGGUUCAACCAAACUAUACAGAAAAAGGUACGAGCGUACAUGUACGAUGCGAAACUACCAGAAAAUAUGUGGGAUCUCGCCUUAAGUGCUGCUGUGUAUGCCUAUAAUAGGACGCCACAUAAAUCGAACGACAUGAUUACGCCAAUGGAAAGGUUUGCUCCAAAUCAUAACUAUGACAUGAAUCAACUGAAGCGUUUCGGAUGCGUCGCGUAUAUUAAGGUCCAGAGGAAAACGGGUCCUAAAUUCAGAUUUGAAGGUCGACGCGUAAUUUUGGUGGGUUACACACCCACGGGUUUUCAGUUCUUGAAACCGGAAGAGGGAAAAUUUUACGAAAGCAGAGACGCGCGGUUUAAUGAGAAAAUAGUAUUUGGAGAUAGGUACGAAAAGGACGGCAUCAAAGAUUGGCCAGUCGAGUAUGAGGGAGUUAAUAAAGAAAAGUGGUUAAUUGAAAACGACGAAAAGAAGAGAAAAGUAGAUGAAAUUUCUGAUCAAGAGGGGGAAAUCAAAAGAAGGAGAGGACGGCCUAAAAAGAAAAUGUCGGUUUCUGCAGAGGUUGGGAAAGGAUCAAAUAGAGUAAUUGACUCGAGCUUUACUGAUCUACUGAGAGAUGAAGAAGAGAGAAUUCAACUCUUGAAAGCUUCACAAUUUAUAAACAAAUCAGGGUUGUUUAAUAAAAAUGAAAGGAAAUUGAGGGAAACUGAAGAUGAGGUUGGACAUGCAUUGAUGGCGCGUAUCAAUCAGGAUCCGACUUCAUACAAAGACGCGAUGCAAUCGAAAGAGCGUGAAAAUUGGCUAAAAGCAGUAAACGAAGAACUAAGUUCUAUGCAUAAAAACGAGGUGUGGUCAUUAGUAAUUCGUCCCACCAGAAUGAAAGAUGGUCGAAGGGCAAACAUUGUGGAUUCCAAAUGGGUGUUCAAACGAAAAUUCGAGAAUAACAAAAAAAUAAAAUACAAAGCACGAUUGGUGAUUAGAGGUUUUAAAGACACAAACAAUUACGAUCUAACAGAAACUUACGCCCCUGUAUCUCGAUUGGCUUUAAUAAGAUCGGUGUUUGCCAUAAUCAAUAAAUAUAAUUUGGAGAUGUGUCAAUUAGAUGUCAAAACUGCGUUCUUGAAUGGGUUGAUAGAGGAAGAGAUAUACAUGGAAAUCCCAGAGGGCGUGCAGGUUACCGCUAAAGAAAAGGAAAAUAAAGUAUGUAAGCUACAAAGGGCUUUAUACGGUCUACGGAUCAGUCCGAAGAAAUGGAACAACAGAUUUACUGAGGUAGCAUUGAGUGUAGGGUUGAAAAAUGAUGAGGUAGAGCCAUGUCUGUUCAUGUGGAGAGAGGACAGGCAAUUCCUAAUUCUACUGUUAUACGUAGACGACAUACUAAUGGCAAGUAAUGACGAAAACAAGCUGAGAGAAGUGACAACGAAAUUAAGAACUGAAUUCGAGAUGAGUGAGUUAGGAAAUCCAAAAGAGUUUCUUGGCAUUUCUGUAAAAAGAAACAGAGAAAAACAAGAAAUCAUACUCAGUCAAGAAAAAUAUAUUGAAAAGGUUUUGAGGAGAUUUGGGUUUGAUGAGGCGCAUCCACAAAGAACACCUAUGAUCACAACUCAAGCUGCCAACAGAGAGAGACGAGAUAGAGAAGACAUUUCCGAUGAUAAAACAUUGAAAGAAACCGAGACGACGAAAAAUGUUCCGUACAGAGAAGCGAUUGGCUCCUUGUUAUACCUGGCCGGGGCAACCCGACCGGACAUCUCAUAUGCAGUGAACGUGUUAAGUAGACAUCAGAUUAAUCCCACUGAGCAUGACUGGGGAAUGGUCGAAAGAGUUUUCAGAUACCUGAAAGGGACAAAAGCGCUAGGUUUAAGAUAUACGGGGGAGACAAAUGACUUGGAAGCGUAUUCUGAUGCAAGUUUUGCUGACUGCAAAAAUUCACACACGACGUGUGGAUAUGUGAUUAAACUUUUUGGAGACUCCAUCACCUGGAGGACACAUAAGCAACCGUAUGUUGCUCUAUCAACAUGCCAGGCAGAAUACGUAGCGAUGAGUGAGGCGUGUUACGAAUUAAUGGCUAUAGACAACUCGAUAAAGUUGGUUUUGAACAAGUCUUUUUGUCCUGUAAAACUAUGGUGCGAUAAUAAAGCCGCCGCGGCAAGUGCGAAGACGAGUGGAGGAAAUAGACUCAGGCACAUGAGGGAGGUGCGAGAACAUUAUGUGAAAGAGUGUGUAGGGAGAAAUCUGGUAAAAAUUGGAUGGAUUCCAUCUAAAGAUCAAAUCGCAGACAUAUUCACCAAGCCAUUGUCAUUCGAUAUGCACAAAUACUUGGUAGACAAAAUCCUGAAUAUUCAUUCUAUAUAAUAAAUUGAGAUUUAUAACAUUGUUGUGCACCGUUUGUUUGUUCACAGGGAAUCAGUAAAGGCAACGUGAAAAGAGGAAAAAAAAAAUGAAACAAUUAAUAAAUAUAUCUAUAUAGUUUAAGGAAAACCAUGGGAAGAAACAACUAGAUUAAGAUACGAAGAGAAAGUUUUUUUUUGUUUUGCAUUAUGUAGAAACUAUUAUUACAUAAGAUUAAUGUACAAAGCAUGAAAGGAAAAAAAAAAAACAAAAGAUGCGACAAAUCUCUGUUUGUCAUGUUUGGCUGUAAAGCAUUUAGUCGGGAGGGAGUGUAAGAAAUAUAGCGACUAAGGGCUUUACACGCCUGUGUAUAUAGACGGGAUAUGAGCGUAGAGGUGUCUAUCCCCACUCCUUCCCUCUCCAUGCGGGACCUGGCCCCAGUUCAGUGUGAGUUCGACUCGUGUCAAGAAAGGACGGUCGUGACCGAUGAAAUACAGUAAAUGAAGAUUA